AUGCGUCGCGUCGUUGGCGCUCGAUGCGCGACGACGUUCGGUCACCGCAGCGCGUUGCUAAGGCGCCACGUGAACACGGCACGCCCCCAAUCUCCUCGCGGCACCGAACUCGAGUGGAUGAAACAGCGCGACCCGUACUGCAACGUGAGCGAGUCCAUAGCGGCCAAGAUUGGCCUAAGCUUGCACCGCCAGCAGCACCACCCGCUCCACAUCAUCAAGACGAAGAUCGAGAGCUACUUUCACGAGCUGCACUGGAGUGAGGGGGGCCCUGUCUUUAGUGUGUUUGACAAUCUGGACCCGGUCGUGACAACCUACGACUGCUUUGACUCGAUGCUGGUGCCCGAAGACCACAUUAGCCGCAAGAACACCGACACGUACUAUGUCGAUCAGAAUCGCGUGCUGCGAGCACACACGAGUGCGCAUGAAGUGGCGAUGAUGAAAAAGGGUUUCACGUCGUUUCUAGUCUCGGGUGACGUCUUGACAAACCCGGCCCGUGGAUUGCAGAGGGGCUCGAGUCUAAUGUAG